AUGAAAACUCUAAACGCAGCCAGAAGGCUAUCUCAGCUAUAUAGAAGAACUAAACCCACGAACUUGAUGUCUAUCAAAACUUCUGACCUCACUAAAUGGACCAAAGAGUUUCAGGAAGACGGUGUGCACAACUUGGCAGCCACCGUUCUAAAGAACAACAAUGCAGAUGAUGCAUUGUUGGACAAGAGGAGGCUACAAGUAAAUUAUCCUAGGGUUUUUAAUACCGGUAUUACGGACGAGGUUGGUCCUGUGACCAACCAGCGCAGCACCGGCAGAUGUUGGUUGUUUGCUGCCACCAAUGGCUUGAGGUUGAAUGUUGCAAGGAAGUUGAACUUGAAGGAGUUCGAGUUGUCUCAAAGCUACUUGUUUUUCUACGACAAGCUCGAGAAGGCAAACUACUUCUUGGACCAAAUUGUGGACACUCACAAGGAGGAUCUUGACGGACGUCUUGUGCAGUACUUUUUGUCGCAGCCUAUCAACGACGGUGGCCAGUACAGCAUGUUUGUCAAUUUGGUCAGAAAGUACGGGCUCUUGCCUAAGGAUCUCUUUGCCGAUUUGUCGUUUACUUCCACUUCUUCAUCCAAAUGCAAUUCGCUAUUGAUGACCAAGAUGCGCGAGUAUGCCCAGGUUUUGCGUGAAGCACUUGCCAAGGGCGAGGAUGUGACGGAAAUGCGCGAGAAUAUGCAACGCGAGAUUGUAAAGAUGUUGACCUUGUUCAUUGAUAUACCUCCUGUGCAACCAGACGAGGAGUUUGUGUGGGACUACGUUGACAAAGAAGGUAAAGUUGGCACUGUGCGGAGUACCCCACUCGAAUUUGCCAAGGAGUAUGCAGGUUUUGACGAAAGUAAGCCUGUUUCGUUGAUUAACGAUCCAAGACACCCAUACGGCGAAUUCAUUCACAUCGAUCGUUUGUGCAACGUUGUAGGCGGGGACCCUGUGUUUUUCUUGAACGUCGAUAAUGAGACUUUGACAGACUUAUUGGUCAAGCGUUUAAAGGCGAAGAAAGGAGUCUUCUUCGGUUCCCACACUCCAAAAUUCAUGUCUAAGACUGAAGGUGUCCUAGACAUUGAUUUGUGGAACUACAAGGCUGUCGGUUACGAACCUAACCAGACCAAGGAGGCUCGUAUUAGGUACAGUGAAAGUUUGAUGACCCAUGCCAUGUUGAUCACUGCUGUGCACAUUGAUGAGAAAACCAACAAACCUAUUCGCUACAAGGUCGAGAACUCUUGGGGUAAGGACAUUGGUAAAGACGGGUACUUUGUAAUGACCCAGAAGUACUUCGAGGAAUACUGUUACCAAAUUGUCGUUGAUAUUGAUGAGUUACCCGAGGAUUUGGCUAACAAAUACAAGCAAGAAGACAAAAAGGUAAUCAAGCUUCCAAUCUGGGAUCCAAUGGGUUCAUUGGCCCAAUAA